AGCGAGAGAGAGAGAAAGUAGAUGUGUGCAGACAACCUGCUCGCGCGUAAUUCUGGGAGGAGGAGGACUCUCCGCCGAGCAACGACACAAUAAACACUCACGGAACCGCGAGAGUUUCCCCCGGUGGAGUAACAAUAAGCACUUAAAUCCUCCAGCCAGGAGUCCAUCAUCAAUCUGCAGACAUGUAUCUGAACAGGGAGCAGGAGUACAGCAAAGGCUCCUUCUCUUUGAGCGUGCUGCUGGUGUCGUUGGCGGUGACCGUGUGUGGCGUUUGGCUGGUUGCUCUCUGCGGCGUCUGUAAAUGGUGUCAACGCAAGCUGGGGAAGAGGAAUAAACCAGGAGUGGAGUCCGUCAGUUCUCCCGAUUCAGGAAGAGGAAGAGGAGAGAAAAAAGCCAUCAAUGAUUUAGACAGAGACUUUUGGAAUAACAAUGACAGCAGUUCAGUGCAGCAGCGCUGGAGCUCAUACCCGCCCAAGGAGUUUGUACUAAACAUUUCUCCUUAUGCCCCUUACGGAGAUCCACGCCUCUCACUCAAUUUGUCCGACCACACCCUCUCCUCGACCGAGACCUUGGACCAAAUCCCAUCGAUGGCCUCGAUACCUCGGCCUCGCACCUUGUUGCGUCAGCAGAGCCUCCAGCAACCCUUGAUCCAGGCUCCGGCCCCGAAUUUGGUCAACAGGCCUCCCAACUCCCAGAGUUUGGGUCAGCUGCACACCCAGCCGGGUUUAGGAGGGGGCGGGGGCGGUGGCGCGGGGCCUGGAGGAGGGACCGGCUCGAGGAACUCCAGGGGCGGCCCGGCUGGAGCAUCCCGCCAUAAGCCAGGAGGUGCCUCUCAUGGGAACCCUGGCAGCGUGGAUCACAUGAUGGGUCAGAUAACGAAACGAGGCCUGGACGUUAAAUCCUUCCUGGAAGGAAAAAUGGUGGUUCUCUCUCUCGCGAUCGGAUUGGCCGAGCAUGACGACUUUGCCAAUCUUCCAGACCUACAGGAAGUACCGCCCAGUCAAGAAACCCCCCCUGACAAGAGUAGGAAUAUGGGGAAUAAGCCGGCGAACAGUCCUAAGGGUCAGCCGCCAGAUGCCGACGGACAUUCUUCAGUGUCUGACCUUGCCAACUCGCUCACUGGAGACAUGGUGAUGUUGUCUCCGGGGUCGGAAGAUGACGAAGGUCCAGUGAGCGAGAAACUGGGCCGGAUUCAGUUCAGCUUGGGCUACAGCUUCCAAGACACGACUCUGACGGUGAAGAUACUCAAAGGUCAAGACCUGCCCGCUAAAGACUUCUCUGGGACCUCCGACCCCUUCGUCAAAAUCUACCUACUGCCCGACAGAAAGCACAAACUCGAGACCAAAGUCAAGAGGAAAAAUCUCAACCCUCACUGGAACGAAACCUUCCUUUUUGAAGGGUUCCCGUAUGAGAAGGUGCGGGAACGAACGCUGUAUCUCCAGGUGCUGGAUUACGAUCGGUUCAGCCGUAACGACCCGAUCGGUGAGGUCUCCAUCCCUCUGAAUAAAGUGGAGCUCGGACAGCUGAAGUCGUUCUGGAAGGAUCUCAAACCCUGCAGUGAUGGCAGCGGAAGACGUGGCGAUCUGCUGUUGUCUCUGUGUUAUAACCCCACUGCCAACACCAUCACUGUUAACAUCAUAAAAGCUCGCAACCUCAAAGCCAUGGACAUCGGGGGAACCUCAGACCCCUAUGUAAAAGUAUGGCUAAUGCACAAAGACAAGCGAGUGGAGAAGAAGAAGACAGUGACCAUCAAACGCUGCCUGAAUCCCGUUUUUAACGAAUCCUUCCCUUUUGACGUGCCGGCACAUGUUCUCCGAGAGACCACCAUCAUCAUCACCGUCAUGGACAAGGAUCGACUGAGCCGCAACGAUGUCAUUGGAAAGAUCUACUUGUCAUGGAAGAGCGGUCCUGCUGAGGUCAAACACUGGAAGGACAUGUUGAGCCGGCCUCGUACAAACGUGGCGCAGUGGCACGCUCUCAAAGCCUGAUUCGCCCUCUCCAUCUCCCACGAUUCCCUCCAACCCCUUCUGACCUUUGACCCGAAACCCCGUCCUUAUGCACAAGACUAACUUGCUGCCAGGCGGCACAACACGGGUACUUUUAACCUUUAACCUUUGAGCUUCUGAAUCUCUCCUCCACUUUCGUCUCUAUUUACUCUGGUAACAUGUAGUGUAAAGGCCUGCUGAUUCACCAAU